GAGUGUCUCUGUUUGGAUUGUUUGUUGGUUGGUUUUUAUUCUUCCGUGAGUUUUUGUGGAGAGGAGGACACUACGCCCUCUUUUUCUCUCUUUCUCCUCCUCUCUAAAAAAUAAAUAAACAAAGAAAAAAAAGAAAACAACUAAGCAUACUCUCUCUUUCUCCCUCUAAAACACUCUCCCCUUCACUUAAAAAACACAAAUUCUUGGUUUUUUGGAGGGUUUGAUAGAGUGACAGCUUUUGUGUAUUUGUUGGAAUGGGGAUUCUGGAAAAGAAUGGUAAAGUGUCAGUUUCGUAAUAUACAGAACGAUCAGAGUAAGAAAUGGAUUUUGAUGCCGGAAUUCCGAUGUCUCGUAGUGGUGUUGGUCUACCAGCUGUAACCGAGGGAACUUCUAUGUCACCGUCUUUAAGCGAAGAUGCAAUGUGGCAAAUGAACCUGAGAUCGAGUGAAACAAUGGAAGCUGGGCCAUAUCCUGAGCGUCCUGGAGAGCCAGAUUGUUCAUAUUAUAUAAGAACAGGCCUCUGUAGAUUUGGGGCUACAUGCCGAUUUAAUCACCCCCCUAAUCGGAAGCUGGCAAUUGCAGCAGCCAGGAUGAAGGGGGAAUUUCCAGAAAGAAUAGGACAACCAGAAUGCCAGUACUACUUGAAGACAGGAACUUGCAAGUUUGGGGCCACGUGCAAGUUUCAUCACCCUAGAGACAAGGCUGGGAUUUCUGGAAGAGUGUCUUUAAAUAUUUUGGGCUAUCCACUCCAACCGAAUGAGAUCGAGUGUGCUUAUUACUUAAGAACAGGACAGUGCAAGUUUGGUAGCACUUGUAAAUUUCACCAUCCUCAGCCAACUAAUAUGAUGGUUCCACUGCGUGGCUCUCCUAUUUACCCUACUGUCAGCUCUCCAACUACCCCUGGUCAACAAUCCUAUCCAGGAGGACUUGCAACAACCUGGUCAAGGGCAUCUUUUAUUACUAGCCCACGCUGGCAAGCUCCUUCAAGUUAUACACCUUUGAUUCUACCUCAGGGAGUCGUGUCAGUCCCUGGCUGGAAUGCAUACAGUGGUCAGCUUGGGUCGGUAUCAUCUCCAGAGAGUCAGCAACAAACAGGAAACAGUCAGAUAUAUGGAACCUCACGCCACAGUGAAUCAGUUAAUGCAGGAUCUCAAGGGACAUUUUCCCCAUACCGUUCUGGCUCUGCCCCCUUGGGAUUUUAUGCCUUGCAAAGAGAGAGUGUUUUUCCUGAGAGACCUGGUCAGCCUGAAUGCCAGUUUUACAUGAAGACUGGAGACUGUAAGUUCGGUGCAGUUUGUAGAUUCCAUCAUCCAAGGGAGAGACUAAUUCCUGCUCCAGACUGUGUCUUGAGUCCAAUUGGGCUGCCUUUACGUCCAUGUUCCAUGCCAGGUGAAUGUAUGAAUUGGCUGACCAUACUUGCUACAAAGGCUAUAUCUACGCAUGUUGGGCCAAAUAAAUUAAUUUGCCCACGAGUCGUUGGUAUUGCUCUCGAUUCACCUCUUCUUCAGUUUUGGCAGGGAGAACCUCUAUGCAUCUUCUACUCUCGUUACGGUAUCUGCAAGUUUGGUCCAAGUUGCAAGUUUGACCACCCCAUGGGGGUUUUCACAUACAAUCUCACAGCAUCAUCUUCAGCUGAUGCCCCAGUUCGACGGCUAUUGGGGUCCUCAUCAGGAUCCCCCGGAUUAACUUUGUCAUCAGAAGGGCUUGUUGAAGCAGGCCCGACAAAGCCAAGGCGACUUUCACUAUCAGAGCCUAGACAAAUGCCCCCGGGUGAUGAUAAUAUUGACACGGGCGGGUGAAUGAUGCCGGUGAAUGACUCCGGUGCCCCAAGAUAUCGUCCAGUUACUUUUUACAAUCUUAUGGACGAUUAAAAAAAGAAGAAGCCUUUUCUGUAAAUUCAUUUCCCAUUGCUGGAGAUGUACAGGGUUUAUGCCAAGUUGCUAAUGCAAUUCAGCUGAGGGACUUGGACUGCGAACUUCAUAUUGCCGCGUUGUAUAAAAAUAUGUAAAAUAUUGUCACAUCUGGUCAAUCCAGUGUGAACAUCUCAUCUCUCAGAAUUCCCAAUUUCUGAUUCUUUGUUGUUCAGUUUGUUAUAUAAAGCAUUUCUUUCGGAAUUACAUUUUUCAA